UGCAUCUCAGAGCUUCCAGGAAGUAGCAAGAGAACAACUCAGUUGCCUGAGAGCGCAGUGGCUCAGAAGUGCAUGGGUUGUCAAGGACCCCAGUGUCACCACUCCUCUCCACGAUGAUCAACACCUACAUGACCAGCAUGGCUCCGCCGCCGGUGCCUCCGCGCCUCAGCGGCUCCCACACAGUCCUCAUCCCGGCUCCACUUCCAUCACGAAGCCACAGCAAGUCCCUCAUCUGGUUUUUGGUUGGUGUAGUGAUGCUGCAUUUAUUCCUGUCCAUCGGAGGAUUCAUCUAUCUGUACCACUAUGACAGAAUGCUUUCAAUCCAGCUUCCCUCAGGACUGCAGGGCGAAGCGGCUCUUCGCUCAUCUGAAAAGCAGGACACCUCCAACCGAGCCUUGGCACGCAUGGUAGUUGAUCAGCGAUUCCGCAAAUCAGAUAAGAAAUCUGCAUCGGGUUAUCUCCAGUGGGACUUCAAGCACUCGGAUCUUAGGGGCAUCGGCUACUACCGCAACAGUUGGCUGACGAUCCAGCAGCCUGGUGAUUACUACGUCAACUCCAGGGUGACCUUCUCCAAGGGCGACUCGGAGCGCCCCCUGGUCAGCAUGGGGAAGCUGAGGACGGAUGAUAAAGGAGAGGAAGUUGUGAUGCAGGCCUACUGCAACCUGGACAGCAACAACGGAUCUGCGUUGAUCCCCCGCCUGUGCACGGCCACGCAGAGCGUGGUGCUCACACUGAAGAAAGGAAACCAGCUCAGUGUCUGGGUGCAAAACCUUUCACUGGUGAAUUACGAGAACGAAGCUACAACCUUUUGGAUGUACAAGAUGUAGGACUUCUAUGUGAGCACAUGCAUGGACAUAAUCUGAACAGUGGGAACUCAUUAAGUGGAUGUACGUGGACUUAAAUCGUCUGAGAACUGUUUAAUAGACUGGAUCAACUAAUGGAUUCUGAUCUUUUUUUUCGUGGAGACAAAGACCACAUUCCUAAAACAUAAUUUAUUAAAUCAGAUAUCGUUGUGUGAUUUUGUGCUAUUUUUGAGGCAGCUACGAAUGGUUGUUCUGUAUUUAUUAAUGUAAAUGAGUUUGUAUGGCUGUGAAAUGAAACUUUGAUAUUUAAUCUAAAAGAUGUCUUCUCUUUUCUGUGUCUUGCAAUCAGGAGUUAGUCAGAUGUAAAGUAAAGAAGAGACACAUACAUUGAACAUUGACAUCCAGACUAAAGCACCACAGAUUUGAUGUUAUGAGCAUGACACAGUUUGAGGUCAUGCGUAAUAUUGUAAAUGGUGCAAAGGAAAUAUGUGCAGAUAUUUUCUGUAAACUAACAACGUUUUAGUGCUGAAAAGAAAUUAGCAUUGUUUGAUGAAUCAGAAAUACUCAAGGUGAUCAGGUAAAAUACCCCAAAUCAUCACCAGUAUUACCACAAAUAGGACAAACAAUAUUCUUCGGACAUAUCCAAAAUGAUGCUGCAUGGGCUACUCAGAAGUUAAACUUUUACCACAUAAAGCGCAAAACAUUACACAUUUUCAUUCUGUACCACUGGUUUUCAAUUUCUAGGAAUCGAGAAACAAAUCAGAGACACAUUUCAUCUGAGCCACAAGAAACAAGACCACUCAAGAUGUAGGUUACCUCUCCAGAGGGGGCAACUAGACUCGAUACCGGAUGUCCUUUUGUGGUAUGCAUCAAACUGAAUGAUGUUAUCGGUGGUAAAAGAAAGAUGGGAAGCAAAUUCACAUCUUAAUUAACUCCUUGAUUACAAAUGGACAUACACACUAUUUUUACUGCUGAUCAUUUUUCCAAGCAACCUGCAGACUUUCCACUUGUGUGAUGUGUUGUUGCUUCUUUCCAGGCAGCCAUUGGUUCCCAUUCAUGUCCAUGUGGUUAUAUGAAUCAUUUAUCAAACUCUUGAAACUGGUUUGAGUUGUGCAAUGAUUCAGAGUAACCCCACAAGUUUCAUAUCCGUUCAUUAUCCUGUUUAAAUGCAGAUUGAUCUCAUAUACAGGCACUACCUCACACAUCAAGUGUCUACCGCAUGGUUUGAAAUAUAGUAGUAUUAUAAAGUAUUGAGGAUAAUAGUAAUGGACUAAAGCAUGAACUGUAUCUGUUGUUAAAAUGGACAUGUACAGUUUGGACCAUGACCUACUUUGUUUGAUGUAAUCACUGGACACACCAAAGCCUCACUGUGUGCAGACUAAGUUUGUAAAGUACUCAGUGGGUAAUGUAAAGGUUCUACCAGCAAGUUUAAAGUUAGCAGCUCAGACAUCACACAACUGUCGUGGAGCUGAGCGGGAUGGAAAGUGUGAAUCUCUAUGUAGAUGAGCUCAGAUGCAGAGGUGGCACACUUCGACAGGAUGUCAUCUAUUCUAGUCACUGCUUCUUCCAUCCUGUGAAGGGUGUCUUGCUACCGAAAUCUGAACAACCCACAAAUUCCUGAACCGCACAUGUGCCGAAUGCCGCAUGGAAAAGGCUGGCUGGGGUGGAUUUUCC